AAGAAGACGAAGAAGAAGAGCAAGCAUCUGUAGGAGAAGAAGACGAUUGUGGACUGUCAACAUUCAGGGAAAAGCUCAUUAUAUUUGCAGUAGAUGGUGACUUUUAUCAAAUGUUAUAGACGACCAUGCAAAGUUAAACACAAGCCAACACUGGACCAAACCCUCGAUCCUUAGACCUGCAGCUGGAGAUCAGAAGCGAAGCCCAGCCAACUCAGUGUAAAGCAAAAGUCCAACCGGGGACGAGGAUGGACCCACCGAUGAUGGACACGUCCGAGACACCUCUCAUCCCUGCCACACGUGAGUACUUCACUGUCUGUUUGUGUUAUUCUGUGUUAAACUUAAUCCAGCAAGACUUUCUCUGUUCAGGUAAGAACAUAAUUUAUGGACUUGCCUUUAUCUUAUAUAAAUAUUACAAACACAAGCCCGAACAUGAAGAAAUGUAACACACGGGGUUUGUUUAUUCUUCAAUAAGUUUCAAGCUUAUACCAAAGCCCUCAAAGUCAUGGAAAACCAAUGCAGCAAAACUUCCCAACAAUGCAGAAUAAUUAUAUCCCAAAGGCGAUGCAUUUAUUAAAGAAUCAAAUUGAUUGGCGAUUAAUGAAGCUAUUUAAUUUGUUUUUCUCUCCUACCAGUUGUUUUUGUUUUUAAGCACACUUAUGAGCUCUCUCUUCAGUCCAGACUGAAGUUGGUGAAGAAAAAAAUUUAACUAACCCUGGGAUUUCUAAGUAAUGGACAUUUUCACACACAGAUCUGAAAAGAGUUUUAUACUGCAUCAAUGAAUAGCACAGCUUCAACAUUUGAAAUUUCUAAAUGAUAAUUAACAUAUUUGACUCAUCCCUACUGUCUACUUUUGAUUGAAUAUUACUUUAUGAAUGAAUGAAUUGGUGACCAAACAAACAAACCACAAAUGUUAAUCUAAGUGGCUGUAGAAAUGGUUGAAUUUGUUUCAGUUUUAUUUUGUUUGGAAAAAGAUUUUAUCCAAAGCUACUUUUAUUUUCUAGUGUCAAAGUUUGUUUGUUUGUUUUCUUCUGCUUUUCCGGGCUGGGUCGCGGGGGCAAUAGCUUCAGCAGGGAAGCCCAGAUAGCCCUCACCCAAGCCACUUCCACCAGCUCCUCUAGGGGGCAUUCCUAGGUGCUCCCAGGCCAGGCGAGAGAUAUAAUCCCUCUUCCUGGUCCUGGGCAGGCCACAAGGUCUACUCCUGGUGGGACAUGUCUGGAACACCUCUUACGGGAGGCAUCCAGAAGGCAUCCUCACCAGAUGCCCGAGCGACCUCAGCUGACUCCUCUCGACAUGGAGGAGCAGCAGCUCUACUCUGUGCGCCUCUUGAGUGUCUGAGAUCCUUACUCUAUCUAAGGCUGAGCCCGGCCACCCUGCAGGGGAAACCCAUUUCGGUGCCUUGUAUCCCCGAUCUUGUUCUUUCGGUCAUGACCCAAAGUUUAUGACCAUAGGUGAGGGCUGGCACGUAGAUCAGCCGGUAAAUCGAGAGUCUCACCUUCGUGUCAAAGUGUUUUAUAUAAAGACUUUGUUUGCCCUCAGUGUUUGCCUCUGUUCUGAUAAUAUGGAUUUAGUGCAUGACAUGUAAACCUCCCUCCUCUCUUUUAGCACACCCGCUCCCUAGGCAGUGCCUCAAGUGCCACAUAAUCUUCUGUACCGACAAGAAACUACAGCGACAUAUGAAGGUGACCCACCCAGCGGAAUAUGAACAAUCCAUGCUGAGGAAUUCCAUUUUCAUCUGUUACAUUUGUGGCCACCAUUUCUCAAACUCCGCCGAGCUCAAGGCCCACCAGAACGCCCACACAGAGAAGAAACCCUACAAAUGUCAGAUCUGUGGCCAGGCCUUUAGUAGACCAUUCCAGCUCACCAGUCAUCAAAAAAGUCAUUUGGAUGAAGAUGGUUACCCAUGUGCUGACUGUGGGAAAGUUUGCAGAACGAUGCUAUUGUUAAAGGAUCACCGCCACUCACGUAGUAAGAAGACUUCUUUAUCGCAAUUGUUUCAACUAGUUUUUUAAUUGUUGUUGUUGAAAAUAGACAACUAAGCAUGUAUGUAUAUAUCAAUUUUGCAAACUGUUUUUCUUUUUUCUGUGUUAGUAGGUUGUUCCAAAGACUGUCUUUGCUCUAUAUGCAACACCAGCUUCAAGAGCACCAAAACAUUGCUCAAACACAUUAAACUAAGGCACGCUUCGCUGGUUUCUGCAGCCAUUAGGGAUCUUCCUGCUGGACACCAAUUAAAAGGACUUCUCACUAAAUUUUCACAGCAGGGAGCUAUUAUGGACAAAGAGCAGAUUCGCAGGCUCACAGACUUUUUAGUGGACAUGCAAAAAGUGAACAGUGUUGUCAAACUGGAGCAGGUUCCACAUCAUUCUCCACCACUGGAAAUGCAGCAAAUACCACAACUAACAGAGAGGGGGAAUUUGAACCUCAAUCCACCACAAAUAGAUUCAUAUCAAGAACCAUCUGAUCAUAAGCCAUGGUCAAAGAAUCACCCACAGGAUGAGAGGGAUGACUCUGCAUUAGUCAAAGAGACGGUUCACCAAAAUGAAUCACAAGGAAUCUGCAUAUCAGAGGUGAGAAGCAUUGGAAAACCUCCUGGACGAGGAACUGAUAAAACAACCGACGAAGCUCCAACUUUGCAGAUUAUUUCAUACUGCUCUCUGCGAGAAGAACCAGUUUCCACAGACGUGAAAGAGGAGGUGAACAAAAAAGAAAUAAAGGUUGAAGAAGGAUACGACAUUGACAAGUCUUUAGAUGUAACUCUUAAGAAUGUCCACAGCUCUUCACCUAAACAAACUGUUGACAACAAGUUGUACCUGAAGACGGUAAAGAACAAAUAAAGAGAUUUGCACCAUUUAAUGCCACACAGUAAAGAUCAGUAUAGAUUUGACCUUUAUCAACUGACAUUUGCCUUGUUUUUAGUGUUUGAACACCGCUGCUGAGAGUGAAGUACAGCUCCUCAAGAGGGAGGAGAUCAAAGUUGAAGAGAUUAUCUUUGAUCCACCACUGGCUGGACCAGCAUGUCAGAGCAAAGAGCAUACAGGUAUGCAACCACAGCACUAUGGGAUAUAAGGACAGUCCUGGCGAAAGAGGAGUGCUUAAGCAAAAUGAGACUCAGGUCACAGAUAGUAGUAGUGUCAACUGGAUUGUGGAGCUAGAUAAUACUGUAAAACACCUCCAGUUCAGGUAAGUAUUUGAUCACUAUGCAGCUCAGAGUAAAAAAGAUAAAGAGAGUAUUUUGAGAUCUGGCAAAUGCGUCUGGUCUAGUACCCCACACCUGCUAUUAGCGUGCAUUUUGCUCAAGUGUUUACGAUUUUAUAAUGAUAAAGGAUACUUCCUUUCCAGAACAGUUUAAAAAAUGAAGAUUUAACGGCUGAACAGCAGGGACCAGAUAUAGGCAGUAUGUCAGGGAGUGCUGUUCUCCCAUUAGCAUUCAAAAUGACUGUGUUAUUAAAGUAUUAAAUCAGAGUAUGAUACUAGUUACCACAGCAGUGCCCUGUACGAAAAAGGUUCUUGGAUAGAUUGUAUGGAAAUUUCAGAAGGACCAUGAAGAUAAAGCUGAAUAAAUUGAGAGGCAUAUUAGUGUCCAGAGGGAAGGUAUAUCUAUUAGGGGAAAAUCGAUGACUUGUUUUGGUAGGUGGUUAAUGGAGACCUGAACAACAGUGAACAGAGAUCGACUUAGUAGCAUCACUUCUACAGUUGAUGCAACCACUGUCAAAUUAAGAAAUGCUGAUGAGGUGGAAAUGCUUGGAGGGUUGUCUAAUUAGUGUAUCAGAAAAUGGUUAGACACUCUCAAAUGUCAAGGAAAUGUAUUAGAAAAGGUCUAUUCCAAUCACCCAUUGCUAAUUUGACAGGGGAGUUAAAUCAUGGAAAUGCCAGAUCAGCAUUUGUGUUAAUUCAACAAUAAAGUAGAAAUGGAGUCUUGCAGUAAAGGAAGUAAAGGCAGCUCUUAGGCAUACAGAGAUCAUUCACUCGAGUACUCACUCACUCACAACUGUUGCUAUUCAGAGUGACCACUUAACCCGACAGGCAUGGUUUGAGACUGUGGAAAGAAACCAUAGUAUCAGUCGAGAACCCAUGUUUUCUCAUGCAAAGGGAGAACAUGCAAAUUCCACACUGAAGGGCCUUUCUUCGUCAGUGAUAACUUCAGAGGUCUGCCAGUUAGAAAAUACAGUAAAUGAAAUGGCAAUUCUGUGUUAUGUGAAUGAUCUUAGUUUUUUGUUAUGUUUUUUCAGGCGAACUGGACAGUCCUGCAUUUACUGAUUGUAAACUGGAAUUUACAGACUGGGAGGUCUUGAGGACUCACCUGCACCAGAAUGCUCCAAAAAAGGAAGAAGAAGAAGCUGAGAAAGGAGAGAACGAGAAACCUGCAGAACAAAUGGACUUAAGGAAAGUGGAAGGUGAAGGCAAUAUAAAGGAAGAUGUUAGUGGUGAUGAAAACAAGUCUACCACGAGCAGUUCAAACCCCUCAGGCUUAACACUUGAAAAUGGAGGAGUUUUGUCAAAGAGGGGAUGUUAUUCUUGUUUUUUGUGUGGUAAAUUUUAUAAAUACCUGGGUUCAUUCAUGAAGCACCAGGAGCAGCACAACAAACAAAUGUUAAAAUAUCAAUGUACAAAGUGUAGGAAGGCAUUCAACAGGAAAUCACAGCUACUUGAUCACAUGAAAGUUCACAGGUCACGUAGUUCUCAGGUGGAUCAGCAAACUUGAAAUCUCUCAAUGUGAUCAGUAGAAUAAAAGCUUUGCCACAGACAGAUCAUGAAUAGCUCACAUAAAGCUCCAUAAACUGAAACCUUUUUGGUGUAUGACUUGUGCCAAAAGGGUUUUUCUAUGAACAGGCACUAAGUAAAUACCUGCUGAAUCACAUCUGAGGAAACAUACCUGCAGAACUACAGGAAGAACUUCUGUCUGCACUUGACGUCAUCCACACCAUAGCAAAACCUUUCCAUGAUACUACCUACUCUACCACAUGGCCACUGGUGGCUCCUACAAUCCUGAAUGCAGCAGACAAGAGUCUGCAGCAAGACGUGUCAAGAGGACAGGAAAGGCAGAGCCUAUUUGAGCUAGAGGCCAUAUUUGCUAGGCUGUCCACUUAACCUAUCCCCACUGCCUAAUUUUCAGAAGGGAUGAGAGGAGAGAGGCCAGAGAAAGAAACAAGACAGGCAAUGAACAUGAGCUCUUGUUUUUGUUUUGGUCCACAUCCAGACUCAGAGGCUUGUCUUAACUGCUUCAUCUGACAUUUCCAUCGCAGUCUUUAGCAAACUUAUUUUCUGUUCAUUUGUAAAACAUAUUAUAUGUUGUGCUUACAUUUUAAAAUCUUUGUCUUUAACACAUAAGGACAAAUAUUGUUUUGUGAUUAACAGUAUGUACAACAGAGGGAGUCUCAACAGAGACACAGUGAGAUUAUUUCACAGGUUUUCUGUUCUGUAUUUUGUAAAUAAGAUGAUACGGUCAUGCGCAAAAGUGACCCACUUAAAAAGAAUCUACCUCUAUUUUUGAAAAUCAAUAAAAUUGUGCCUUGUGUUUUUUGUGUCCAUGGAAA